AUGUUAAGUGCUUUAAGGUUUCCUGAGCAUUUAGUAAAGCUUAUCAUGAUUUGUGUUCGAACACCCAGAUUUUCUAUACUGCUAAAUGGCUCAAUGCAAGGAUAUUUUCCACCACAAAGAGGACUCAGGCAAGGAGAUCCCAUGUCACCUCUACUCUUCGUGUUAGGAAUGGAAUAUCUCACUCGUAUCUUGAGGAAAAUAGGUAACAAACCAGAAUUUCAAUAUCAUGAAAGACUCAAGUUAUUUUAUCAGACUUCUGGUUUGCAUCCUAAUGAAGCCAAAUCGGCUAUAUAUUGCUGUGGAAUGAGUACCAUGGAAGUUCAAAAAAUCAUGGAUAUUUCUGGUUUUGGGAGAAGUAAGUUACCAUUUAGAUAUCUAGGCAUCCCAAUUAGUUCAAAAAAAAUAUCAGCUGAAGAGUGUGAAAUGUUAGUGGAGAAAAUGACUCUUCGAAUUAGAACUUGGAGCUCUAGAAAUCUCUCGUAUGCAGGUAGAGUUGUUUUAAUUAAUUCAGUUUUUCUCACAAUCAGUUCAUACUGGUCUCAGAUCAUGAUUUUGCCCAAAGGAGUGCUACAAAAAAUAAAUGCUAUUUGCCGAGCCUUUUUAUGGAAAGCAGAGUCCAAGUUCUUGGGACCUGGCUUGGUUGGUUGGGAAACACUCUGUAAAUCAAAAAGGGAGGGUGGAUUGGGAUUUAGAAAUGUCCUAGAGUGGAAUAAAGAAGCGAUAGGGAACUAUAUAUGGGCUGUGGCAACAAAACAGGACAAUCUUUGGAUCAAGUGGGUUCACCAUGUAUACUUGGGUACAGCUGACUGGUGGAGUUAUGAAGCUCCAUCAGCAAGUAGCUGGUACUGGAAGCAAAUUGUCAAUGUCAAAAAUAGCUUCAAACAGUUGGUGGAUACUCAGGAAUUUCAGUCUGAAGCAUACCAGAUAAAAAAAGGCUAUCGAUUUUUAUGUCCAAUACAGAGCAAGGUCAUAUGGCAUCAUCUGGUUUGGGAUAACACAGCGGUACCAAAACAUAGAUUUCUGUUUUGGAUAAUCAUGUGUGGAAGACUGCCAGUUAGAGAGAGGUUACAGAAGUUUCAUAUAUGUCAAGAGGUGGAAUGUGUAGUGUGUGAAGCUGAUGUAGAGAGCAUACAACAUCUUCUCUUUGAAUGCACGUACAGCAGUAGAGUAUUAACAGAAGUAAAGAAUUGGCUAAAAUGGAGGACACCAGCUACUUCGAUCCAUGGAUUGAUGAGCAAUAUAAGGCAUAGCAGCAUAGCAAGUUCAAGAAAGGCGUGCUCACAGUCACUCUGGCUGCUAUGUGCUAUCAGCUCUGGCUAA